CAACAAACUUUCUUGUAAGAAAGUACCAGUAUCGUCACAAAUGAAUCCUUUCAACCUUUCCGUAACUGUAAAGUAAUUGGAAGUUUCAGUCAGCAGACAUUUCCCUGCCUUUUCUGACUCCUCAGGAUGGAUAUUUUUGAGGUGCAUCCAAGCAGUAUGUGGAAUCCUUUGAUUUGUGUUUGAGGUGUGAACAGCCUCUGAAAGAUCUGCUAAAAGGAUAAGGAGGAACCUCUAUGGGUAACCCUUGGCUGGAAACAAUUACUGGUCAACCAUGGUAAAACUUGCCAACCCUCUUUAUACGGAGUGGAUUCUUGAAGCUAUACAAAAAGUUAAAAAGCAAAAGCAAAGGCCUUCUGAAGAGAGAAUAUGUCAUGCUGUUUGUGCUUCCCAUGGAUUAGAUAAGAAGACUGUUUCGGAACAGUUGGAACUUAGCGUUCAAGAUGGUUCUAUUCUUAAAGUUACCAACAAAGGCCUUGCAUCCUACAAGGACCCAGAUAAUCCUGGACGGUUUUCAUCUGUUAAACCUGGGACUAUUCCUAAAUCUGUUAAGGGAACUAGAGGAGCUUGUAAUGAGCUUCGUAAUGUGGAUUGGAAUAAACUCUUGAGAAGAGCAAUUGAAGGGCUUCAAGAACCAAAUGGCUCCUCCCUGAAAAACAUAGAGAAGUAUUUGAGAAGUCAAAACGACCUAGCAAAUAUUUUCAACAAUCCUGCUUUUCAGCAGAGGUUGCGUCUGGGGGCCAAACGUGCUGUGAACAAUGGGAGAUUACUGAAGGAUGGACCUCAGUAUAGAGUGAAUUAUGGCAGUUUGGAAAACAAAGGAGCUGCAAAAUACUCCAGCACUUUCCCAGCUUCUCUUCCACCUGUCAGCCUUCUACCCCAUGAAAAAGACCAG